AUGUCCAAAAGCUUGAAAAAGAAAAGCCACUGGACUAGCAAAGUCCACGAGAGUGUCAUUGGCAGGAACCCGGAGGGCCAGCUGGGCUUUGAACUGAAGGGGGGCGCCGAAAACGGACAGUUCCCCUACCUGGGGGAGGUGAAGCCAGGCAAGGUGGCCUAUGAAAGCGGCAGCAAGUUGGUAUCCGAGGAGCUGCUCCUGGAGGUGAACGAGACCCCCGUGGCGGGGCUCACCAUCAGGGACGUUCUAGCCGUGAUCAAACACUGCAAGGACCCACUCCGGCUCAAGUGCGUCAAACAAGGAGGAAUUGUUGAUAAGGAUCUUCGUCACUACCUCAACUUAAGAUUUCAGAAGGGUUCUGUUGACCACGAACUUCAGCAAAUCAUCCGUGACAACCUCUACCUCCGCACGGUGCCAUGCACCACAAGGCCACAUAAGGAGGGGGAGGUCCCUGGAGUGGAUUACAUUUUCAUAACCGUCGAGGAUUUUAUGGAACUGGAGAAAAGCGGUGCUCUCCUCGAAAGUGGGACCUAUGAAGAUAACUACUACGGCACCCCGAAGCCUCCAGCUGAACCGGCACCAUUAGUAUUAAAUGUGACAGACCAGAUACUUCCAGGAGCUACUCCGAGUGCUGAAGGGAAACGGAAGAGAAAUAAAUCAGUGAGCAACAUGGAGAAAGCAAGUAUAGAACCUCCAGAGGAGGAAGAGGAAGAAAGGCCUGUGGUCAACGGGAAUGGCGUAGUCAUAACACCAGAAUCCAGUGACCAUGGGGACAAAAGUGCAGGUGCUUCAGGGGAGACGCCCUCCCAGCCUUACCCUGCUCCGGGAUACAGUCAGCCUGAGGAGCUGAAGGACCCGCUGGAUGAUACCAAGUCAGUGAAGCCCGAGGAGAACGAGGACUUGGACCCCUUGCCUGAUAACUGGGAAAUGGCCUACACGGAGAAGGGCGAAGUCUACUUCAUUGACCAUAACACAAAGACAACAUCAUGGCUGGAUCCACGGCUUGCGAAAAAGGCUAAACCUCCGGAAGAGUGCAAAGAAAAUGAGCUUCCAUAUGGCUGGGAAAAAAUCGAUGAUCCCAUAUAUGGCACUUACUAUGUUGACCACAUAAACAGAAGAACCCAGUUUGAAAACCCCGUCCUGGAAGCAAAAAGGAAGCUACAACAACAUAACAUGCCCCACCCAGAACUUGGAACAAAGCCCCUGCAGGCCCCAGGUUUCCGAGAAAAGCCGCUCUUCACCCGGGAUGCGUCCCAACUGAAGGGGACAUUCCUCAGCACCACCCUCAAGAAGAGCAACAUGGGCUUUGGAUUCACUAUCAUUGGUGGCGAUGAGCCAGACGAGUUUCUCCAGGUGAAAAGCGUGAUCCCGGAUGGGCCUGCAGCGCAAGAUGGGAAAAUGGAGACAGGUGAUGUCAUUGUCUAUAUUAAUGAAGUUUGCGUCCUGGGACACACUCAUGCAGACGUCGUCAAACUUUUCCAGUCUGUUCCUAUUGGUCAGAGUGUCAACUUGGUGUUGUGUCGUGGCUACCCUUUGCCCUUUGACCCCGAAGAUCCUGCCAACAGCAUGGUGCCACCCCUCGCAAUAAUGGAGAGGCCACCUCCACUGAUGGCCAAUGGAAGACAUAACUAUGAGACGUAUUUGGAAUACAUUUCUCGGACCUCACAGUCAGUCCCAGAUAUCACAGAUCGGCCACCUCAUUCUUUGCACUCCAUGCCAGCUGACGGUCAGCUCGACGGCACGUAUCCACCACCCGUCCAUGACGACAAUGUGUCCAUGGCUUCAUCCGGAGCCACUCAAGCUGAACUCAUGACCUUAACCAUUGUGAAAGGCACCCAGGGAUUUGGCUUCACCAUCGCCGACAGUCCCACGGGACAGCGGGUGAAACAAAUAAUUGACAUUCAGGGAUGCCCUGGGCUGUGCGAAGGAGACCUCAUUGUGGAGAUCAACCAGCAGAAUGUACAGAACCUGAGCCAUACGGAAGUAGUGGACAUACUGAAGGACUGCCCCGUCGGAAGUGAGACUUCCUUGGUCAUCCAUCGAGGAGGUUUCUUUUCUCCAUGGAAAACUCCAAAGCCUACGAUGGACCGGUGGGAGACUCAAGGCAGCCCUCAGACAAGUUUAUCUGCUCCGGCCGUGCCGCAGAACCUGCCCUUCCCACCUGCCCUGCAUCGGAGCUCCUUUCCUGACUCAACAGAGGCCUUUGACCCACGGAAGCCUGACCCAUAUGAGCUCUAUGAGAAAUCAAGAGCCAUUUAUGAAAGUAGGCAACAAGUGCCUCCCAGGACCAGUUUUCGAGUGGAUUCCUCUGGCCCAGAUUAUAAGGAACUUGAUGUCCACCUUCGAAGGAUGGAGUCUGGAUUUGGCUUCAGAAUCCUCGGGGGAGAUGAACCUGGACAGCCUAUUUUGAUCGGAGCCGUCAUCGCCAUGGGCUCAGCCGACAGAGAUGGCCGUCUACACCCAGGGGAUGAGCUUGUCUACGUGGAUGGGAUCCCCGUGGCUGGCAAGACCCACCGCUAUGUCAUCGACCUCAUGCACCACGCAGCCCGCAAUGGGCAGGUUAACCUCACUGUGAGAAGAAAGGUGCCCUGUGGAGGGGAGCCCUGCCCAGAGAAUGGGAGGAGUCCAGGCUCCGUAUCCACCCACCACAGUUCGCCACGCAGUGACUACGCUACCUAUGCCAACAGCAACCAUGCUGCCCCCAGCAGCAAUGCCUCGCCACCUGAAGGCUUUGCCUCGCACAGCCUGCAGACUAGUGAUGUCGUCAUUCACCGCAAGGAGAACGAAGGGUUCGGCUUUGUCAUCAUCAGCUCCCUCAACAGACCUGAGUCCGGAACCACCAUAACCGUGCCCCAUAAAAUCGGACGCAUCAUUGACGGGAGUCCUGCAGAUCGCUGUGCAAAGCUCAAAGUGGGAGACCGGAUCUUAGCAGUCAACGGCCAGUCUAUCGUCAACAUGCCUCACGCCGACAUCGUGAAGCUCGUCAAGGAUGCGGGUCUUAGUGUGACCCUUCGCAUCAUCCCUCAGGAGGAGCUCAACAGUCCAGUAUCAGCACCCAGCUCAGAGAAGCAGAGUCCCAUGGCCCAGCAGCACAGCCCUCUGGCCCAGCCGAGCCCAGCCACCCCCAACAGCCCUGUUGCCCAGCCAGCUCCUCCUCAACCUCUUCAGCUGCAAGGACACGAAAACAGUUACAGGUCAGAAGUGAAAGCAAGGCAAGACGUGAAGCCAGACAUCCGGCAACCUCCCUUCACCGACUACAGGCAGCCCCCGCUGGACUACAGACAGCCCCCGGGAGGGGAAUACCCACAGCCCCCACCCUUGGACUACAGGCAGCACUCCCCAGACACUAGGCAGUAUCCUCUGUCCGACUACAGGCAGCCACAGGAUUUUGAUUAUUUCACUGUGGACAUGGAGAAAGGAGCCAAAGGAUUUGGAUUCAGCAUCCGUGGAGGAAGAGAAUACAAAAUGGAUCUGUAUGUGUUGAGAUUGGCAGAGGACGGACCAGCCAUACGGAACGGCCGGAUGAGGGUAGGAGAUCAGAUCAUUGAGAUCAAUGGGGAAAGCACAAGGGACAUGACGCACGCCAGAGCGAUAGAACUCAUCAAAUCUGGAGGAAGACGAGCCAGGCUGUUGCUGAAGCGGGGAACCGGACAAGUCCCAGAGUACGACGAACCCCACGCCUGGAGUGCUGCCGCUGCCGCCGCCCCAGGCCUGCCGGAAGUAGGCGUCUCCCUCGAAGACAUCCUCUCUCCAUUCUCUCCAUCACAUCCAGCCCCACCCUCCGACCCUUCCCCCCAGAGAGGCCCUGACCCGACUUGGGAGAGCCAAAGGGAACGCGACGUUAGGAAACCAAAGGAGCUUGCGGCCGGCGGCCAGAAGAAGCAGCGCCUGGGGGAGCAGCAGAGGGAGCGCUCGGCGAGCCCGCAGCGCAGCAGCGCGCGCCCGAGGCUGGAGGAGGCGCCCGGCGGCCAGGGGAGGCCCGAGGCCGGCAGGCCCGCCUCGGAGGCGGCCGACGGGAAGGAGGCGCUGCGGGGCCGGUGCGAGGGCCCCGGGGCCGAGGCCAAGGGGGGCGUGCGCCCGGGCUCCCGCCCCGCACCACGGCCCCCGACGGGCGGCCCGGCGCGCAAGGCGGGGGCGGUGGCGCCGGGGCCCUGGAAGGUGCCGGGCUCCGACAAGCUGCCGGGCGCCCUGCAGCCCGGCGCCUCGGCCGCGGGCAGAUGA